AUGUCCCGCAUCAAGCAGGCCACACCGCUGCGGCGCGAGCCGUCGUCGGAGUAUGCUGGGAAACAGGAUUUGAGGAGUUGGGAGUCGGGGACAACAGGAACAGGGACGGAAGCAGAAAAAGCAGGGAGGUUAAAUGGGGAAGUCAAGGAAAAAGGGCAGGUUGCGGCUGCGGCUGCUGCUGUGGUGAGGAAGGAGGCCGGGAUUGUUACGUUGGUUAUUGAUGUUUUGGGGAUUUAUGCUUCUUUCCUCACAUGGGCCUACCUCCAAGAAAAACUCACCACCACCACCUACACCAACAGCGGCCCCGACUCCGUCCCCGAACGCUUCAAAUUCCCCGUCUUCCUCCUCACCAUCCAAUCCCUCUUCGCCUCCCUCGGCGGCAAACUCUUCUCCGUCCUCACCACCCCGCGCGGCCAACCCGUCCCUGCCUUGAUCCCCUCCCGCGAUAUCCUCCCCCCCCUCCUCCUCGUCGCCUUCACCAAUGCUUUGGCGGCCCCCUUUGGAUACGCCGCGCUGGCGCAUAUCGAUUAUAUCACGUAUAUCCUGGCGAAGAGCUGUAAAUUGCUCCCCGUCAUGGCGUUGCAUAUUACGGUCUUUCGGAAACGGUAUCCGCUGUAUAAGUACCUCGUCGUUGCUGCUGUGACGUGUGGAGUGGCGGUGUUUACCUUGCAUUCCGGCAGCGGACACAAAAAGAAGGCGUCAACACAUUCGGGCCAGACGGCGUGGGGGAUGCUGCUGCUGGGUAUCAACCUGCUGUUUGAUGGGCUCACCAACUCGACGCAGGAUUAUAUUUUUACCAAUUGGCGCGGGUAUACGGGCCCGCAGAUGAUGGCGGCGAAUAACUUGUUGGGGUCGGUGUUGACGGGCGGGUAUCUGGUGUUGAGUCCGUGGUUGGUGAGGACGGGGUUGGGGGAGUGGUUUGGAAUGGAUGUGAGCGGGAGUGCUGGGGAGUUGGAGGCUGCGCUGGGGUUUUUGGCGAGGCAUCCGACGGUGUGGAGGGAUGUUUUGGGGUUUGCGUUGUGUGGGUGUGUGGGGCAGGUGUUUAUUUUCCACACCCUCUCAACAUUCUCCUCCGUCCUCCUCGUCACCGUGACAGUAACCCGCAAAAUGUUCACCAUGAUCCUGAGCGUGGUCGCGUUCGGCCACCGUCUCUCGCAGAUGCAGUGGCUCGGUGUCGGGCUGGUGUUUGGUGGGAUUGGUGUCGAGGCGCAGAUUGCGAGGCGCGAGAAAUUGGCUAAGGAGGCUGCUAAGGCUGCUGCUGGUAAGAAGAGAGAGUAG